CUCCUUUCAGUAUCGGGAACGAGCGUUUGGCGCACACACCCCUCUCCUCCCUAGGGCGGAAGUGGGAUCAUUUUUUUUUCUCAGUCGGAUAAGAGCGGCUCGAGGAGCUGCAGCUCGAGCGACACGCGCCCACCUUAUGUUUAUGUCAGUUCGCCCGAGAGUAAACAACGGCAACACCAACGAAGUAAUUAAGGUCCAUACGGUCGUUGGACCGAGUUUUUUUUCCCGGUUACUUUCCACGCUGCCGGAGGAAAAGCCCUGCGCAUUCCUCCACGCAGACAGCCACAGAGGGAGACCAGCCGACGGACUCAACGGGGAAGAUGGCUUCGUUUCCAGACUCGGACCUGCAGACGUGCCCGCUCUGCAAGGAGCUUUGCGGCUCCUCUGCUCCUAUUUCCUCCAGCUCUUCUACCUCCUCAUCUUCCUCACAUACCUCGUCCUCCUCCAGCCAGACAACCAGAAGGCUCCACGUCCUGCCCUGCCUCCAUGCCUUCUGCAGGCAGUGUCUGGAGGGCCAGCGCAGUCCCGGGGACCCGCUGAAGCUGCGGUGCCCCACCUGCGACCAGAAGGUGUCCAUCUCCGAGGCUGGGGUGGACUCCCUGCCUUCCUCCAACUUCCUCUUCAGCAACCUGCUGGACGUGGUGGUGAGCUCUGAGGAGCAGAUCCAGAACAAGAACGGCCACCACCACCGAGGAGGCUUAGGUGGAGGCUCCUCCGGCUUUCAUCUCCCUCAUGGAGGCCUGCUGCACCCUCACCACCUGGGAGAGCCUCAGUGCAGCUCCUGCGAUGAGGAGAACCCAGCCACCUCCCAUUGCCUUGACUGCCAGGAGUAUCUGUGUGACAACUGUGUGCGGGCGCACCAGAGGGUGCGGCUGACCAAAGACCACUUUAUAGAGCGCCUGGGAGAGAACCUCCACCUGGGCCGGGUCAAUGCCACCAGCAACCCAGGGCAGCCAGGGGUGUCGGUGUCCCUCUCCCAGUCCCUGCAGAACAACUUUGCCCUGCUGUCCCUGUUCCAGGAUCGCAUGAACUUCUGCCAACACCAUGACAAUGAGGUAUUUCUGUUCUUCUGUGAAACCUGCUCGGUGCCUAUCUGCAGGGAGUGCAGUGUGGGCCGUCAUAUGAGCCACACCUUUGUUUAUCUACAAGAUGCCGUACAAGACUGCAGGGCCAUCACCAUCCAGCUGCUGUCAGAUGCACAGCAGGGACGACAGGCUGUGCAGCUAAGCAUGGAGAAGGUCCAGGCCAUGGCAGAGCAGGUGGAGAUCAAAGCCAAGGUGGUGCAGACUGAAGUGAAGGCCCUUGUCCUCAGACACAAGAAAGCCCUGGAGGAGAGGGAAUGUGAACUACUGUGGAAGGUGGAGAAGAUCCGUCAGGUGAAGGCCAAGUCUCUGUACCUGCAGGUGGAGAAACUGCACCAGAGUCUGACCAAGUUGGACAGCACCAUCGCUGCUGUCAGCCAAGUGCUGGAUGAGGGCCGCCACCUUGAUGUGCUGCUGGCCAGGGAGCGAAUGCUCACCCAGAUCCAUGAACUCAAAGCUUUGAGGGGCUUGCUACAGCCACAAGAGGAUGAUCGCUUCAUGUUCAUUCCUCCAGAGCAGGCUCUGUACAUAGCCAUCCAGUCCAUGGGCCUUAUCAGCAGCGGAGCCUUUGCCCCAGUCACCAAAGCCCAUGGUGAGGGUCUAAAAAGUGCACUCCGUGGCAAGCCCACCUCCUUCACUGUGAUUGGAUAUGACCAUGACGGCGAGCCACGUCUUUCCGGCGGGGACACAGUGUCUGCAAUAGUCAUGUCAGUCACAGAUGGUAACCUGUCUGCAGCGGAGGUAACGGACCACCAGAAUGGCUCGUACACCGUCAGCUACCUGCCUAAAUGUGAGGGGGAGCACCAUGUGUCAGUGUUGGUGUGUAAUCAACACAUUCAGGGCAGCCCCUUCAAGGUGAUCGUGAAGUCAGGGCGGAGCUAUGGCGCCCUGGGCUCCCAAGUGUCAGCCUUUGGGUGCGAGGGGGAGGGAGAUGGUCAGCUGUGUCGUCCCUGGGGCAUCAGCGUGGACAAGGAGGGAUACGUGGUGGUGGCCGAUCGCAGCAAUAACCGCAUACAGAUAUUCAAGCCUUGUGGUGCCUUCCACCAUAAGUUUGGCUCUCUGGGUUCCCGGCCUGGUCAGUUUGAUCGUCCAGCGGGGGUUGCAUGUGACAGUCAGAGACGAAUCAUUGUGGCUGAUAAGGACAAUCACCGUGUGCAGGUGUUUACUUUUGAGGGCCAGUUCCUGCUGAAGUUUGGAGAAAAGGGUACCAAGAAUGGGCAGUUCAACUAUCCCUGGGAUGUGGCUGUCAACUCUGGGGGUAAGAUCCUGGUCUCGGACACCAGGAACCACCGUGUGCAGCUCUUCGCCCCUGACGGCUCUUUCCUAAACAAGUACGGUUUUGAGGGGGCCCUGUGGAAACACUUUGACUCUCCCAGAGGAGUGGCCUUUAACCAUGAAGACCACCUGGUGGUGACCGACUUCAACAACCACCGGCUCCUGGUCAUCCGGCCGGACUGCCAGUCAGCUCGCUUUCUGGGCUCGGAGGGCACCGGGAACGGGCAGUUUCUGAGGCCCCAGGGUGUCACUGUGGAUCAGGAGAACCGCAUCAUCGUGGCAGACUCCCGCAACCACCGAGUCCAAGUGUUCGAGCCCAAUGGAAACUUCUUAUGCAAAUUUGGCACACAGGGGAGUGGCUAUGGACAGAUGGAUCGCCCCUCAGGUGUGGCUGUGACACCUGACGGAGUCAUUGUGGUUGUUGACUUUGGAAAUAAUCGCAUCCUCAAGUUCUAAAAGUUUAUUUUUGCAUUCUCCCCCUCUGUUUGCCCUUUUUCCAGUUUUUGGUUUGAUGAAAGAAAAGGGAGGAUAGAGAAUGAAUCAACAGACACAACAGGAGGAGAGCUCAGAGAGGAUUGAGAGCAUGCUGGAGUGAAGGGAAAUUAAAACUGUAGAUGAUUAUUUUUUUCAUUUACAUUGAUAUUCUCCCAAUCAGAUAUCUGUGGUAUGUAUGACAAAGGGGACCUCUACAAAUUGAUAAUCAGUAGAAAUAGAGCCAUAUCUUCCCACCUCAGUCUCAGCUGCUCUGACUUCUCUCUGAACCUCUCCUUAAGUAUCCAUCUCAGGGAAUUUCUCACUUUUCUUAAAAUCUUGUACCCUCUGCUCCAUACCUACCUCAUUUAGCUCUUUAUGAAUGUACUCAUUGUCACUGAGCAGAGGUUUUAGUCCGUGAAGUUUUACAAAGAAGAAAAGUCUACCUCUAUACUUUAUUUAAGAGAGACAAAAACGAAUAGACUGUUCAGUUGAUAUUUGCACAGGAUUAAUGAGAUUCUUGCUGUGCAUUUUGAAAUAUGAGUUAAAGUGAACCUCCUGAAUGUUGUUACUGAGACAAUACUCAGACCACUGUAGAGGCUGCAUGAUUUAUUCUCAUUAUAGGGCUUCGCUCAGAGAGGAAACUAGGUUACAGUAGUUUCCUUUUUCUUGUUUUUAGGCUAGUAUUUUCCGCUCCUGUAUCAGCCUUUUUCUCUUUGUGGUGUUUGUAGUGUCUUGGUAGAGACACACAGACACACACACUCACACACACAGAAGAGGACUGUGCGAAGCGAUGCCAAAAUUGAAUUAAAAAUUAGCUCAGGUCACGGUAUGACUGAUUAAAAUGAUCAGUACUUUUCAGGCUCUCCCUCCAGCUUUAAUGGCUAAUGCUGAUUAGAUGGAUUUAUUGACAAGUAAAAUUAUAAAGCCUGUAAUAAAAGAAUCCCAAGUUUUUGAUCAUCCAUACACCCCGCCCCAUCCGUGUCUCAUAAAACUGGAUGAACUAAUGUUUUGGUAAAAUAAGACAACCUCUAUCGUUACUGUCCUGUCAGUUGCAUGAACAACUAAGAUGCAGAGAUUAGUAUGCGAGAAGCAUCUCCUUCAAAAGGGAGUACCCACCAAAGGAUUUUAGAGAGGGAUUUUCCAAGAUCUGGAUCUAUUAGUGAGCUUAACGUAGAGAUUUAAUCAUAUAGUUGAAUGACACCUUUUUGGUGAGGCACGCUGUGUGACAAAAGCCUCAAAAGUAGACUCCUAAUUUAACUGUCCAGAGGACAUUAAUGACAUCAAAUGACAGGCCUAAUAUUACAAUCCUUUGGAUUUAGAUUGUGGUUAAAAGCCACUUCCUUUGGCUCCUGGGGCCUAGGAUUUAGUCUGAUGAGAGGGCAUGAUCACAAAGCCUGCCCUAUUUAUUGAUGCUUGCAGUUGAGGAGACCUCUCCAGAUUGAGCGCUAGUAGACUGAUUCCUCUAAAGUUGGAGGUCUAUAGAAAAACUACUGGAGUUAACCAAAGUUAGAAUUUCUGCACAAUGGCCAACUGUAGAUUUGGCAAUUAAAGAAACAGAAAAUCCCCUUUUAAAAACAUUCUCUUAAAUAAUCAUUGUUGCUGGGUCUAAAGUCUAAAGUUCAUAAAACUCAUGGAGUUGAGCUCAUAGCACUGUCCACGUUAGGCUUAGAAGAAUGAGGAGUGCUUGGGUCACAGUUUAUUGUGCAUGAGUACUUUGACAUCCUGCUAAGACCAAGGCCCUUGCUGUAUGAGGCAGAUUUCUAAAAAUUUUCCAUCUGUCUGCAGACAUGUUCGUGUAGAGAACAGAAGAUACCCGCACCAAAGAGAACCCCUUCCUCCCCCUCGCAUGCAUCGUCUCAGCCCAUCAAACGACGCCCCAGUUUUAUCAUUAUUAGACGGCCCAUAGGCUCAAAGUAGCAUCUCAGAUUAGCCUUUGUAUCCCAAUCUAAUUACCACAGAAACUAAUACUUUGUGGUGAAAACAUUGUGGGGUUUUGAAUCCCCUUGCCCUUCGUUCAAUUUGUGUCCCACUGGAAGCACUAGACAAUAAAGGUUCUGUUGGCCACUUUCUUAGUCUAUCAAAGAACCUUGGGGCCUAUGAAAAGAUUCACCAGCCGGCUCUCACCUCUGAGGAGAGGGCCGUCUGCACAUGAUCAGGAUUUACAUUGUCAUAUCUCAGAUAUCCUGUACCUCAACCUUUCUUGUAUACCUCAACUUCUGAAUACCUCAAGUUUGCCACUCACAACUACUGUACAUUGAAACAUUCAAAUACCUCAACUUGUUACCCAUUCUGAAUACCUCAUUUUUACUCUUUUAUUUAAGUAUACUUCGUUAGAUAUUUAUGCAUUACAAAUAUACCUCAUUCUUUGAAUCUUGUUGUGUUACAGUCCAGUACAUGUCCCGUAGCUCUAGGACCAAAGAUCAUAAUGCUGUUUCGAGUUGAUUUGUAUUAUGGUCAUCGCUCCACCUUCCAACCCUGAACAGCUUUUUAGUUGUUCAAUCUACUGUAAAUUGCCUGGUAAACUAUGCCUUUUUAUCAAAAAGACACCAAAUAUUUCAUAUGAAAGCAUUGUGCCAAAAUUAUCUGUGAGAGUUCUGUGCCAAACAGUGUUGGACCACGCUGUUGUAGACGACAAAUGUCACCGGACCAUUAUAUCAUAGAUACAAAUGUUAAAUCAGAGCACCUGAGAAUAAAUCCUCGCUCUCUGAUUGGAUGCACUUAAGAGGGCUGUGCCCCAUUUAUCUUUACCUCAUGAUGAUGAUGAUGAACGUGCAGAUUCCACUUGUGCUUUGUUACUGUGCACAAGGGGUGAGGGGAAGAGGAUGUGGCCUCUUGUAAAGAGUUAAGAACUUAACAAAUCCGCCUUUGAAUGCACAAGAUUUACCUCUAAUUUCUGCACAAUUUACCAAUAUUUCAGUGUGGAUUUUAUGGUGCUUGGUGUUGGUUGUGGAGGACCUUGAGACAAGUCUAAACUCAACCAUUCUGACUGUGCCUAAUGCGUGACAACAAGCUGGUUUAUUAUUUAAGUGGAGCUAUUAGCACAUUGAUGGUGAGCCGGUUUGAGUCUACAGACCCUGCUGCUUUGAUCCCAACACCUAGAUUCACCAAUAAGAUUGUUUUUUGCUUUUCAGUAUUACUCUGUGAAAUGUUCGUUCAUGUUGCAUCAGUUUUUUUAAAUUAAGAUUGCAGAAUUCUAUCUUUAAGAUCCUUAGGUCUUCACUCUUAAAGAGGAAAAUUGUAUUUUAAACCUUUUAUUUGUUUUUUCAUUUUCUUGCAUGCUUUAAAAAGUCCUUGUAUUAUAUUGACGUUUCUCAGAUAGGUGUUGAAAAACUCAAAUGGGGUGGGUAGCUGACUAUUGGGAUGGUUUUACCAAAAUAUAUACCCAAAGAUGUAUAUGUGUGUUAAGAUUGUGUUGGAUGGAAUUAACCUUUGACCUUUGCGAUUGUAUUUCCUGUUCUCAAGAGGCUCUGCAGAGCACAACCUGUUCAGCCAGCCAUGCCUCGAUUCCUGCGAAACAACAGAGGCAGAGUUUUCAGAUAAAUGCAGAAGGCUGGUGUUCCCCAUGACCAUUAGUGCUUAGUUUUCUUUACCUCCUUAUAAUAUGCAUAAUAUGGGUAGACAUAUUAACAUAUUGUCCUUUCACACUCAAGCCCUGUAACUUUUGGAAGCUGUAAAAGCUUCCUGCUGAGUGUAGAUUUACCUUACCCACAAUGAUGAAUCAGUAAGGCGGCCAUUUUGCGUUUGACCUAGUAAUGGGAACUCUCUCACUGUCAUGUGAGAAGCAGCUUGGUUUCUCCAGGGCAAGCUAGCAAUCGCUUCCCUCUUUGUCUUUAUAAGAAUCCAGAAAAUGUGGUGAUGGUUGCUGAGCAUGUGAUCGGUUGACUGCACUCCUGUUCGGCUGUUUUUGUUUUUUUUUUUUUUUUUUUUUUUUUUGUUUUUUUAUUGGGCCCGUGAUUGUUUUUUUUAUUUCUGGCCUCUCACAGCUUUAAGAGAGGAAAAGCAAAGCUGCCCCAGGUGACGUGUGCAAGGUUGUAGACCUCCUUUUAAUGAUUGUAUACUCUAAAGAAAGAGAGAAAUAAAAAAAAAUAAAUAAAAACAAAUGUUGGAAAAUUUAGAAAGGAAAAAUAUAAAACUCAGGUAGUUCUCAGCAGACCUGCCUUGCAGGUGUCUCAUUGAAAUGUGUCCCAUAGUGAUGAUGUAGUGACUCUAUCCCCCUGUUAUUACCUCUCAGUACUAGUCUGAUUCUUUUGUGUGCCCAUUUACAUAUUAUAAAACAAAUAAUUUCUAAAACAAUAAGGCUUUCGAUUAGUUUCCCCAGAUGAAUCUUUGUUUUUUGUUUUUCUUUUUUCCAUUUUUGUUUUCUUUUACAAAAAAAGUACAAAUACUUCUCACCACUUGAUGCUCAUUGACCCUUUUAGAAUGUAUUUUGUGAAGAAAGGGGUUAAAUGGGAUCUUGUUGAUGCUCACUCACUACAACCAGCUGCUGGUAGCAUUACAAGACAUACUAGAGCACAAUACUUAAUUUUUCUCUAACAUUUGGUGCUAAAAGUUCCACACCAGCAAUACUUUAGAGUAUUAGGUGGAAUCAUGUGGUAGUAGUGGAACAUGCAGCAUCAUAUUCAUUUGUAAACCACCUUUACUCCUCGGGGUGUUUGGCCUGAGGAGUACAGCCAGCUCUAGUUUCCGUUGUGUCCUGUUCUCCCAGCAGCCGGUUGUGUAUGGAGUGGGUAUUGUGUUUGUGCGCUGCAUCUGUGUUGUUUAAGCAGAAAUCCACUGAAUGUAUCCUCCUAACAGUCCCAGAGGCAGGGCGAGCCAGUGUGGCCAGCUGAGGUUAGAUAGGUGCUUCAGGCGCUUCCUCAGCCAGGCCGCUGUGUGUGUGUGUGUUUGUGUGUGUGUGUUUGCCAGCACACCUGCCCUCCCUCUUAACACACACUCACACAUUGUGGUGAGUUUAAAGGGACACUUAACCCCAAAAUCAAAAAUACAUAUGUUUCCUCUUACCUGUAGUGCCAUUUAUCCAUCUACAUUGUUUUGGUGUGAGUUGCCGAGUUUUGGCGAUAUCAGCCGUAGAGAUGUCUGCCUACUCGGCUUGUGGUGCUCAAAGUGCAAAAAAACUACAUUUGAAAAACUCAACAGCAAUGUCUCUUUCCAGAAAUCAUGAGCCGGUUACUCAAGAUAAUCCACAGACCUUGUUGUGAGCAGUUUCAUGUAGCAACAAUUUUCUUUCUACUGAUAGUUCCUUCACUGUUGAAUUUUUUAAAUUUUUUUGCCGCUUUGAGCACCACAAGCCGAGUGCCAUAUUCUAGUUCUAUUAUAUUAAAAAAAAUGGGUGAAAUUCAAAUUCAUUAUAUUCAAAAAAUCUCCAUGGCCGAUAUCUCCAAACCUCGGCAACUCACACCAAAACAAUCUAGAUGGAUAAAUGGCACUGCAGGUAAGAGGAUUGAUUUUGGGGUGAACUUUCCCUUUAAGUGCAGAUGUCAGGUCUUCAGUCUAAUUAAGGCAAAGGAGACUAUAAUAUAUUGGCCACCUGCUGCUCUCUUUGUACUCUGUGGACUUUAAACAUUUCCUAUGCAGUUGUUUGUUUUUUGUUUACACUUAAAUAAAGUUGUAUUUCUUUGACUUCAAAA